GGCACAAGUGAAUGUAAAAUGUAGACAAGAACCACAAAGCCCUUCGUGAUUAUCUACAACUAAUGCUGUUUUGGGGGUGAACCAGCUUGGUGGACUUGUGCACAUUUUACACAGCUUUAAAAAUUUAAGCUUUACUGAGCUGUGUCUUUAGUUUAACUGUUUUUGGUCAGUUUUUAAAUUUAAACAACUUUCAUACAGUGUUCCUUUGGAACACGGCAUACACAUUUGUUCUUCUGUCAGCAUGCUCAUAGUUCAAUUGACUUACAUUCCGUAAGGACUGCUACUGGCCAUGCAACCUGGAGGUCGAGUCUAUGUUUUGGCGGGUCUGGGUUUGUCUUGCCAAUAUUUUCGCAGCUGGACUCAGAAUUUGUUCUGUCGCAGCUUUGGCUCUAUUCAUGGACACUUGAGCAGGUGGAACAAGAAUGAGAACUGUAAUUCACCACCAGCUCAGGAAAACCCUCGUGUCCUUAUCACAGGUGGGCUUGGACAAUUAGGUGUGGGGCUCGCGGAGUUACUUAGGAAGCAGUAUGGAACAGAGAAUGUAAUCUUGUCCGACAUAAAGAAGCCCCCGCCUCAUGUUUGUAAGAGUGGUAUGUUCAUUUUCUUCCAUCUAGGAUUAAUAAAUGCUAACUUAGAAGUUAAUAAGGGGCCUCUUAGUUCUCUCUCUGCUUUAGGUCCAUUUGUAUAUGCUGAUGUGUUGGACUACCAACAUCUCAGAGAACUGGUUGUAAAUAACGGCAUCACUUGGCUGGUGCACUACAGUGCUCUGCUGAGUGCUGUCGGGGAGGCUAAUGUGGCCUUGGCGCGCAAAAUCAACAUCACAGGUCUUCAUAAUGUGCUGGACUUGGCUCUGGAGAACUGUCUGCGCAUCUUUGUGCCCAGCACCAUCGGAGCAUUUGGUCCUUCUUCUCCUCGGGACCCUGUGCCUGACCUUUGUGUCCAAAGACCACGCACCAUCUAUGGGGUGUCCAAAGUUCACGGCGAAUUAAUGGGGGAGUAUCUUCAUCAUAAAUAUGGAUUGGAUUUCCGCUGCUUGCGUUACCCGGGAGUGAUAUCUUUCAACACACAUCCUGGGGGAGGCACAACAGAUUAUGCCAUUCAAAUCUUCCAUGAUGCCCUCAGCAAGGGUCACCAUGAGUGCUACUUACGACCCGAUACCCGUCUUCCUAUGAUGCACAUCUCUGACUGCCACCGUGCCACUAUGGAGUUCAUGCAGGCUCCCGAGUGCCAGCUCUCCCUUCGUACCUACAACAUUGCCGCCAUGAGCUUCACUCCAGAGGAGGUGGCCCACGAAAUCCGCAAGCAUCUCCCUCAUCUUAAAGUCACCUACAAUCCAGACUCUGUCCGUCAGACCAUCGCAGACAGCUGGCCGGUGAGAUUUGACGACACCAACGCCAGGAGAGAUUGGGGCUGGGAGCCAGUGUUUGGGCUGGAGGAGCUGGUGUCAGAUAUACUGCACUCCAUUCAGGACAAGUGUUUGCCAGUCAGUUAGCAAUAUCUGCGCUAUAUAGACUAACUGACUUUGUUUCACCUUGAAUUAUUGUGCGGAACUCCUUAAAAUUGACUAAAUGAAGAAUAAGCACACACAGACACACACACACACACACACACACACACACUGCAUAUUAAGACUGUUUUUCAGGAAUUACAUACUGUCGAGUUACAUACUCAUCUGUGCUGUUUUAUUUGUUGUUGUAAUUGAAAAUUGGUAUGGAAAAAAAAAACAAUGUUAUUUUUAACUUGAAAAGCUUUGGCUGUUGAAAUUGACUGUGAUGGUGUGCUUAAACCACACUUGCACCUCUGUUUUUGUUAUUAAUCUUUUUUAAAGGGUCUUUCAUCCAGAAAACAAAGUAAAAACAAUUAAUCCAAUAUAGACAUCCAAAAGUUAAAACAAAACUCUUUUUAUAGAGAAUAAUUACAUGGACUGUCAGCAUUUUUAGACUUAGACAGACUUUAUUGAUCCACAAGGGAAAUUGUUCCACACAGUAGCUCAGUUACAAAGGAUGGAAAGUGUAAGGAUGGAAAGGAUAUUGCAGGUAUAAAUUAGACUAAAAAUGUACCGUAGUAGCAAUAUAAAAUUAAACAUAUAUGUAAUAUUUACAUAUUAUAUAUACAGUAUAUAAUAGAAUAGAAUAGAAUAGAAAGUACUUUAUUGAUCCCUGGGAAAAAUUCUGCAAUAAUAUAUAUAUAUAUA